AUGCCGCAUUUGGAGGUGGCUGCUCUGCUUGUAACCCUUGUGGGGGUCGCUGUGUGGACGGAUGACAAUAGCAAAGUGAUAUCGGAUCGGUAUGCCGUGUACUGGAACAAGAGCAACCCGAGGUUCCAUCAGGGGGACUACACCGUGGAGGUCAGCAUCAAUGACUACUUAGAUAUUUACUGUCCACACUAUGAGAUCCCGUUCCCCAUGGACCGGAUGGAACGGUACAUCCUCUACAUGGUCAACUACGAAGGACACGACUCCUGCGACCAUCGGCAAAAUGGCUUCAAGCGCUGGGAGUGUAAUAGGCCCGACUCACCCAACGGGCCACUGAAGUUCUCCGAGAAGUUUCAACUCUUUACCCCUUUCUCGCUGGGGUUCGAAUUCAGGCCGGGACACGAAUAUUAUUACAUAUCGGCAACGCCACCUAACUUGGUUGACCAGCCCUGCUUAAAAUUGAAAGUUUAUGUUCGACCAACAAACGAUUCCCUCUACGAAUCUCCCGAACCGAUAUUCACCAGCAAUAAUUCUUGCCGCAGCUUCACGGUCCCCGAAUCCUUCUUUGUGGUGGUCCCCGUCUUUUGGACUAUUCUAACAUCCUAG